AUGGCGGAGGCAUAUUGGAUCAAGACCUUCGAAGGCCUUGAAACUACACAUUAUCCACCUCUUCCCGUCAUUGGCUAUCAGCCUACGUUGAAUCGCAGUGCCACUCAUGAAAUCCGGGGGCUGGACUUGCAGGCGCACCCUGAUGCGCAUCGCACUCUCUCCACGACACUGCGAGCUGCAUGGGCCCUGCUUCUAGCACAAUACUCCGGCACUAACGAUGUUGUGUUUGGAGCCAUAGCGACCAGUCACAACAGGGACUUGGUCGCAGAAGAUCAGGAUGAACCUUCCGUCAGAGAACGUCUUCUUCUCAUGCGAGUAAAGAUCGACUGGCAGUCGAAUGCCAAUGAAUGGCUACGGGAGAUUGCAUCGCAAGAAACCGCCAUGGAGGCCGUUCAGAGCUGGGGCGGUCUGGAUCAGAUCCGGCUUUGCAGCCCAAAGGCACAAGAAGCGUGCAACUUCGGUAGUCUUUUGCAUAUCCAAUAUUCAGGGACAAGUCAUAGCCAGGAAUCUCGCGGUCUCGAGGCUGAAAAGGAACCUCUCGCUGGACAACUUGCUCUCCUCGUGGAAUGCCUUCAUGGUGCCGGGACAGAACUGCAGCUACAAUUCCAUUUCGAUAGUAAUAUCAUGGAUCAGACUCGUAUUCGGCGCAUGGCUUUUCAGUACGAACACAUCAUACGUCAAGUCUUGAGUCUGCACAGCUCAACUUGCGGGGAUCUAUCGGCAAAGCGGAUUGUCGAGCUCGACACAUUCUGUGAACAGGACAAAGCGUUAGUCUGGUCUUGGAACGCUUCUGUACCAAGAAAGGUCAGCGCACGAGUUCCGCAUCUCUUCUCCCUACAAGUUUCUAGCAAGCCGCAAAGCCUCGCUGUCCACGCCUGGGACGGCAGUCUCACGUAUGCCGAACUUGACCGGAAGUCGAACGCCCUUUGUGCAUGGCUGUUACGCCAGAACAUUGCAUCCGCUGGCCGGAUCGUCCCGGUGUGCUUUGACAAGACUAUAUGGACAACUAUUACGAUUCUAGCCAUCGCCAAGUCUGGCUCUGUUUUUAUUUUGCUGGACCCCAACCAGCCCCAAGGCAGACUCGCCACUAUCUUGAAUGGACUUGAGUUCACCGGAGUCUUGGCAAGGCCAGACACGGUCGAAUUGGCCCAAUCGCUCGCCAAUAAUGUGCAUCUGGUUGGGGAGGAGUUGAUCGAAAAUGAAUUGCUUCAAAGGAAGGAAGCUGAAGACUUCCAGAAUGCGGCGCAGUCACCGGAUGACCCUCUAUACAUCGUCUUUACAUCUGGCAGCACGGGAACCCCUAAAGGUGUCACGAUCUCCCACGCGAAUCUCUGCACAGCAGCCGCCCACCAAGCUCGAGCGCUUGGAUUCGACGGCUCUCGCACCUUUGACUCUUCCUCCUACAGUUUCGAUGCCUACGUCUGCAAUACGUUCUACACUUUGUUGACUGGCGGCUGUCUAUGCGUGCCCUCAGAAACCGACAGAAUCAACAAUCUCCAGUCUGUCUUGCAGGAAAUGGAAGUCGACUUUGUGCAGCUCACGCCUUCAACCACUCGGGUAUUGGACCCCGCCAAGCUUCCGCGCCUCCAUACCUUGAUUUUGACGGGGGAGAAGAUCAGCAGAUCCGUGUUGGAUCCCUGGUUGGCUACAGGACGAGUCCGUGUCAUCAAUGCGUACGGACCUUCCGAGUGUACAAUCAUGUGUUCUGCCAAUAGGAACAUCACAUGCAUUGAAGAUGCAGAGUGUAUUGGGAAUGGAUUGGGUGCCGUCCUUUGGGUUGCUGACGUCAACGAUAUUACGAAGCUGGCUCCCGUGGGCGCGGUGGGUGAGUUGCUCAUCGAAGGCCAUAUCAUCGGCCAGGGAUACCUGGGUGAUGAAGCCAAGACCCGGGAAUCUUUGGUUCAUGUGCCAAAUGGCUACCUUCAAGGCGUCGCCGAUGCGCCGUCCGGCCACCUCUUUCGAACCAAGGACUUGGCCCGGUAUAAUUCAGACGGCUCCAUUGUGUACCUUGGGCGAGCCGAUACACAGAUCAAGGUUAACGGACAAAGAGUCGAGAUUGGUGAGGUCGAAUACAAUCUUGGGCAGUGCUUGCCAGAAGGAAUAGACCCCAUUGUCGAGACGGUUCAGUGGCCAUCAGGGAAACGACAGCUUCUUGGCUUCGUCUAUCUCGGAGCGGGCCACGCACACCUCAGCCUGCAGCAUUUAAUUGCUGGUCUCGACGCCGAACUUUCCAAACGUCUACCCAGAUAUAUGAUACCAUCCGCCUAUUUUCCCUUGCGAGAGAUACCGAUGACAGCGUCGGGAAAGACGGAUCGCAAGAAGCUGAGGAGCAUAGCCUUAGAUGCACCUCAUCAACUUCUCGAUGGCCAGACUUCUAAUCUUGACGUCGAGGACCGUCCGAUGACAACCAAAGAACAAGCCCUGAGUGAGCUUUGGGCGAAGACUUUAGCAAUAGACCAAUCUUCGAUCCGGCCAAAGUCCAACUUCUUCUCUCAGGGUGGUGACUCACUCGCAGCCAUGCGCCUUGUCGCGACCCUGCAACGUGAGGGAUACUAUGGGACAACUGUUGCCCAUAUAUUCCAGCACCCGCACCUCUCCGAUCUUGCAACUAUUCUCACGAAGAAGGACUGCAUCGAAGAGAUGACAUUGCAGUCAGACAUCGCUCCGUUUUCCAUGCUCGGCGGGUAUCAAGACGUGGCCGGCCUUCGGAACCAAGUAUCAGAAUUGUGUCAGUGCCCACAGUCGCAUGUCGUCGACAUUUAUCCUUGUUCGCCAAUACAGGAAGAGAUGGUGAUACUGGCGUCCCGCAAUCCAGAGGGCUUUGUCACACAAAAGGUGGUUGCUCUCCCCCCAAACGCAAACCUCAGCCGCGUAAUGAGUGUAUUGGGAAAAUUGACAGCAACGAUACCAAUCCUUUGCACUCGCAUCGUUGAUAUUGAAGGUGCCACGUCUGACUCCCCGAACCUUGUCCAAGCUGUCAUCAAAGGAGGUUUGCCGGUAACCCCCUAUUCACAUCUUGAGACAUGUCUGCAACACGAAAGGGCGAAAGACAUGGGCCUUGGCAAGCCGCUGUUCCGACUCGCCAGCGUGCAAGCAAAAGAUUCGGUGUCAUCGGGCAAUGGGGAAGCCUUCAUCGUCCUUACUAUGCACCAUGCUGUGUAUGAUGGGUGGUUUCUAGACAUCCUCGGAGAAGAGUUGACGCGAGCAUACCAAGGAAAGGAAAACACGACCUCCAUUAUCGAGUACCGGAAUUUCAUUAGCUACCUCAACUCGUCCGAUGACGCGGAAAUUGCCAGUUUCUGGCAAAGAACUCUGAAAGAUGUUGAGCCGGCAGACUAUCCCAGCUUUCCAGCCCCGGACUACAAGCCGAAGGCCACUGCGGUGCUCGAGUGCGAGGCUGUCGGAAUAGACUGGACUGCGGCCAACGGUAUAACCGCAAACACGCUCGUACAGGCAGCAUGGGCCGUCGUCCUGUCUAAAUACUCCGGCGCUGAGGAUGUCGUCUUUGGGUCGACUCUAUUGGGUAGGCAGAUCCCCUUGCCGGGUAUCGAGCGCAUCGGCGGUCCAACCAUAGCGACCGUCCCAGUCAGAGUCAUUGUGGGUUGGGAUUCGCAGACCGUGGCGCAAUUUCUGCAAGCCAUCCAGACCCAGUCUGUCGAGGUUAUCCCAUUCAUGCACUUUGGUAUCAAGAAUAUCCGGCAACUCAGCUACGAUGCCGACAGAGCCUGCCGGUUCCGGACCUUUCUGGUAGUGCAACCGGCAUCUGAACCGUCUGGCAACGAUAUGUUUGACUUGGGCAGUGGCAAGGACGACAUCCAGGCAUUCAAUACGUAUGCUGUGAUGUUGGAAUGUUCCCUUACCAAGUAUGGGGUAAAAAUGCGCUCCAGCUUCGACAACUCGUUGGUAAAUGAUGACGUGGUUCGGUCGAUGAUGGGCCAGAUGAGUCGCGUCUUGAAGCUCUUCUGCACUGAAGACCAAUCCAUUGGCCUUGGGGAUUUGGAGAUCCUCAACGGCGAAGAGCGGCAACGCAUCCUCAACUUCAAGUCGAACGCACAGCACAGCCAGAUUCUCGAAAUAGCAUCUCAUUUCAGAAGCUGCCUUCCACAGGAGGUAUCUGAUUCCACCGUUCAUAUUCUGGAAAUUUGCAAUGUGCCGAAGCAACUUGUCGGGGUUCUUUGCUUACCCGAUGACUCUCAGAGGAGGUUGCUCGACAUCCUCUCCGAGGCUCACAGCCAACUUACCAAGAUAUUGCCGAAACACAUGAUCCCCACCAAGUUCAUACUCUCUCAAUCUAUCCCGAGAAAAACAGGUGGGGAUGUGGAUGGCGAUGCCCUCGGGAAGUUGGCAACAGAGACUCCGGCGGAGCGGGUCAUUGAUGCUUCCUUGUUGCGCAAGCAAAUUGAUAGUCACCAACAACCACAAACCAGUGCUGAGAUUCUCCUUCAGGGUAUAUGGGCGAAGGUGCUCGGCAUCAAUGCUUCAUCUAUCGGCAGGGAGAGCUCUUUCCUAUUUCUAGGAGGCGACUCGCUCGCUGCUAUGAGACUGGUUUCAAUGGCGAGGCAUGAAGGCUAUUCCCUGACUGUUGCCAAGAUAUUCCAAGCACCACGGCUCCAAGAGAUGGCCGCAAACGCCGUCGAAAGGAUAAAUGCCAUUACAAAUUCUCCUUUGAUACUUCCAUUCUCACUUAUGGAUGGAAGUUUCGACAAAGAAUCCCUGGCCAAGGCUUGCAACAUCGAGCCAGAGGAGAUUGAGGACGCUUACCCCUGUACUCCGUUGCAAGAGGCCGUGAUGGCACGCACCACACGCCGAGCUGGUGAUUUUGUUUCGCAGGGCCUUACUCAACUGGCUGGGGACAUCGACAUCGAGCGCUUGAGAUAUGCAUGGGAGACGGUGGCCGCUGCCACGCCAAUUCUUCGAACUCGAAUUGUAGAGUGUCCUGGCCAUGGUCUUCUACAGGUGGUGGUCAAAGGUGCAAUAACUUGGUCUGUUUGGGGGAACCUAGAUGACGUGGCUUCCUCGUCCCUCGGUCUUGGUCAACCCCUUCUCCGAUUCGAUCUCAUUGAAUCGUCCCAAGAAAACAAAACGAGCCGUGCUCUACUUACGACCAUUCACCACGCCAUUCAUGACCGAUGGUCUGCUUCCCUGAUCCUCGAACAGGUGGAGGCCGUCUAUAAGGGCCAAGAGCGCAAUGAGAAGUUAAUGCCCUACAAUUAUUUCAUCAACUAUCUCAAGCUCAAAGACAAGGAGGAGGAACUGGCCGAAGCCUUCUGGACCAAUUACUACAGUGAUUUGGACGUGCCCAACUUUCCAAGCCUUCCCACUCCGAAAUAUCAGCCAAGAGCGGACGGUAUUUGCAAGCGGCAGAUCCAAAUCCAGUGGCCGAGUAACGCCACACCAUCGACCACACUGAAGGCCACCUGGUCAAUACUUCUCGCGCAAUAUAGCAACUCUAAUGACGUUGUCUUCGGGUUGACUGUUAUGGGACGACAGGCUCCCCUUGCCGGGAUCGAGCUCGUCGCUGGUCCAACCAUCGCGACCCUCCCGUUCCGUGCCAAGAUCGAGUGGGCAGGUACACCACGAGCCUUGUUGCAGGCCAUCCAGACCCAAGCCACUCAGAUGAUCCCCUUUGAGCAUUACGGUCUCGGCCAGUUAUCCAGUCUGAGUCCGGAGGCGAAGCGAGCAUGUCAAUUCCAGUCAGCAUUGGUGAUACAGCCGCCCGAACGCUCCACGGAGCAUGGCGAGCUCUUCGGGUUGGGGCUCAGUGACUCUGAUGCUCAGGGUGCGGAUGGAAACGCACUUGUCUUGGAGUGCACGCUAAAUGACAGGUUGGGGGAGGUUGAGGUCAACCUCAACUUUGAUAGACAGAUCCUUGACGGCACUCAGGCGGAACGCAUGCUUGCGCAGUUUGAGCACUUGUUGCGGCAAUUUAGCAUGCAUGACUUGGAUAUCGUGUCUCUUAAGGAUUUGGCGACGCUAAACCAACAAGAUUGCCACCAGAUCUGGGCAUGGAAUGCCACAGUCCCUGAAAAGAUGGACAAGGGUGUGAGCGACAUGAUCCUCGAGCGUGUCCACGAACAGCCAAAUGCCACCGCAGUGUGCUCGUGGGAUGGCUCCCUUUCAUACAGCGAGUUGCACAAGAUGGCUCAGGGACUUGCCUACAGCCUCGUGGUCCAGCACGGCGUCGAACCAGAGACUGUCGUGCCCAUUUGUUUCGAGAAGAGCCUUUGGGCACCGGUGGCCAUGCUAGCCAUUGUCCUAGCUGGAGGCACAGUCGUUGCGAUGGACCCGAGCCAGCCCUUUGAGCGGCUACAUUCAAUUGCAGAACAAGUGCAAGCGCGCCUUAUUCUAGCAUCAGCAACCACGAAGAACAUUGCCCAGAAGCUGGUUACUGCUGCCAUUGUCAUCAACUCUUCCUCGAUUUGCGGUCUUCCAGAGCCUCCCCCCAGUUUCGCGACCCCAGUCAUCUCAGGCACAAACGCACUAUAUAUCAACUUCACAUCUGGCAGCACUGGCACGCCCAAAGGCGCUAUCGUGACACACGAGAACUUUUCUAGUGCCGUCCACCAUCAGGCAAAUGGUCUAGGUUUCGGAAAGACAACACGGGCGUUGGACUUGGCCUCAUACAGUUUCGAUGUCGUUUGGGAGUUAUUCUUCCAGCUGCUGUGUACUGGAGGUUGUCUCUGCAUCCCCUCAGACGAUGAUCGCCGCAACGAUAUCGCGGGAUCUAUACAGAGACUGAAUGUCAACUUGCUAGACACGACACCCUCCAUAGCCAGGACCUUGGACCCGACAGCGGUCCCCAGCUUGAAGAAGAUCGUCCUUGGCGGCGAACCUCUGGCUGUUGACGAUGUGAUCCGUUGGGAAAACCGCCCAGAUGUUGAGGUUUGCAAUACCUACGGGCCGACUGAGUGCACCCCAACCAGCACAAUCGCCGUUUACGGACAAGACUUUACUUCGGAAGUGAGUCUUGGCCGCUGUUACGGAUUGAAUAGCUGGAUUGUGAGCUGCAAUGGGGGCGUGGAUGACCUCGUGCCCAUUGGGGCCAUCGGGGAGCUGGUUCUGGAGGGGCCACUGGUUGGAAGAGGCUACCUGAACGACCCCGACAGGACGGCGGUCUCGUUCAUUCAAGACCCCUCAUGGCUACUACGAGGUCAUCCUGGAUCUAACCCCGGAAGACAUGGCCGAAUGUACAAGACGGGCGACUUGGUGAAAUACGAUAGUCGAGGAAUGUUAACCUUCGUGGGCCGCAAGGACACUCAGGUGAAAAUCCGCGGCCAACGGGUCGAACUGGAGGAAAUCGAGUUCCACGCCCGCAGUUUCUUAGGGUCUUCAUUCUCCGUGGCUGCCGAAGUCAUCGAGAUGGACAGGGCCGCAUACAAGUCACAGGUCUUGGCGCUAUUUCUUUCACGCGAGGAUUCCCAACAACCAGAUGAGCAGCAGGAGCAGCAGCAACAUCCAGCCUCCUCAACUCUAACCAGCGACCUUGCAGACCACCUGUCUCAAGUGCUCCCUAUUUACAUGGUUCCCUCGACCUUCAUCUUCGCCAAGAUCCAGUUGUCUGCGUCCGGCAAGAUCGACCGUCGGCGGCUUCGAGAGAUUGGAGCUCAAGCAAAACUCGAUCAAUUGCAUCAGAGGCGACCCGGGACGGGGCCCGAAACGAAGUCCGAGAAGGAUCUGUGCCAGCUCUGGUCUGAGACACUAGGCGUGCCUCUCGACAGCCUCGGCCGCAACCAUAGCUUUUUCGACAUAGGAGGAGACUCGUUGUCUGCGAUCCGCUUGGUGGGAACUGCUCGGAAACAAGGCCUGCCUCUUUCUGUGGCGAUGAUCUUUCAGUACCCGCGACUGGACGAGAUGGCCAGAGAGUUAGUGUCCGCUCAGCAAAAUGUUUUGGAUAAGACUUCUGCGGACGACUCCAAAAUACACUCCUUGAUUUACGAGACAGACCUCCCAGAUCCUGCCGAGGUAUCAAAGUUACUCUCAGUCUCCCAGGAUGCCAUCAGCGACAUCCUACCAGUGACUGAGUUCCAAAGCUAUGCCUUAAAGUGCGCCUUGGGCAAGCCGCGCACUGAAUGGAACUAUUUCUUGGCCCGGUUCUCACGACCUGUCGACACGGCCAGGUUGCAGCGUGUCAGCCAGCAACUUACCGACACUGUUGACAUUUUCCGAGCUAUUUUCUUGGCGCAUGGCCGCCAGUACGUGCAGGUAUUCCUUAAGUUCCUGGAACCGCAAGUGGAUGUUGUCAAGACCUCGGAGCCGCUCGAUGCAAUCUGCAAUGCAGUCUGCCUCCAAGAUUUGAAUGGGGACCUUCCUCCGAUUGGGUCAUCAUUAGCGAAAUUUUACAUCUUGCAGACCGAGGUUGGCGAGCUGGCGGAGGAGACAAGUCUCCUCAUACGGAUCCCCCAUGUCCUGUACGAUGGAAUCGGCUUCCCCCUCUUGGCAGACAGCAUUGGUGCACUCUGCGAUCAGCGUCCGCUUCCGCCUCUGUCUAAUUUCUCGACCUUCAUCAAAGACACGGCUAGAAGGCCCACAGAGACGUACGAGUUCUGGGGCUCAGUUUUAAAGGACUCCGCCGUGCCUACCAUCAUCUCGCCUAAGAGAGCGUGCGAGAGGAGUCCUAGCCAGGGUAAGCGUCUCCAUCUACUCAGGGACAUAUCACUCCCCCAACACCCCCCAGGCGUCACAGCAGCCACGAUACUGAGUGCUGCGUGGGGCGUGGCGCUGUCACGAGUCACAGGCGCGACCGACGUUGUGUUUGGCCGUGCCGUGUCCGGAAGAACACUGGCCUCCGCUGCGGCGGAGCAUCACCAAGACGUCAUCGGGCCAUGUUUUAACCUUGUCCCGGUUCGGAUGAUGGUCAACCCGAGCGACUCAAUUCACGACAUUCUGUAUCGUCUGCAAGAUCAAAUCGUUGCGUCGAUUCCACACGAGCACAUGGGACUCAGUGAGAUGGUCGACAGGUACACAUCGUGGCCAAAAGAUACCGUCUUUGGCUCUGUCGUCUACUACCAAAAUCUUGGCGAUGACCCGACCGUCACCAUUGAUGGUCACAUGGCUCGUUUGACAGCUGUACCACUGGAUCGGCCAGACCCCCCUGAGCCUCCUCGGCUUGAUAUCAUUCCCAAGGGGGACAAGCAAUACACCUUGGAGUUGAUGGUUCAUGAGGAAGACGGCAGUGCUGAGACAUCGAAAAAUCUUUUAGAUGAGAUGGAGAACUGUUUGGAGUUAUUUUUCAAGGUUAAUUAG